GAGGAGCCGACGCAGAUGUUGAUGUCAACACUGGAAACCUUCUGCGACAACAGCUUUCACAAGAUUCACCUACGAGGCUAUUUAUCGCCUCACGAUUACGGUACAGCUCCUUCUGUCAGAGGUUGUCCUGUUGUGCAUGGGAACAUCACUGUAAUACCUAGCAGACCAUCAACCGCAGUCAGUGUAGCGCCCCCUGGUGUUUGUGAUGUCUUCAUCCGACCUCCUGGUGGACCUGAGCGAGGACCCGGCUACGGCGCAGUUAGGUCCGCUCAAACUCUCCACAUACGAGGAGCAGCAGUGGCCCGCCGACGAACCCGCCUCAGGUGAGACUCUGCUGGGAUUACACUUAACCGCCUGCCCUGGGUGAACUUGUAUACUGGUACAAUGGUACAUGGAAUAGUUGUAAUAGUAGUAACAGUAUUCCCAAUAAGACUCGAGGUCAAGGAGAGUCAUCCAGAUAAUCAUGCGUAAAAUAAAAACUAAAUCUUGUGGGUGAUAGUGACAAAAUACGAGACAAUACAUUUUUAUUCCUCAGAAAAAAAUACAGCGCUUCUGUUUUUUGUAUCUUACAUAGACUGCAUAAAGAAGUGGACUAAGGGAGUGUGGUGUUACCCAUAGCUUUUGGCUCUAAUCAAAUGAAGCUUAUCCAGACUAGCAGUUAUAGGGGUGAAUUUGGAGCCAAGUUACAUUUUGGGAUUCCGACCGCAAGUAUCGUAUAGCAACCAAAGAGCCAAUCCCGAGCGAGGCUGUUGUAAGUAACGCCACUUCUUGCCUGCACCGCUCAGUUAGCAGGGAGUGGGUGCUUAGCAACGCUGUCAAUCAAACCUGACCUCUGGGAAAGAAGGUGCCUGAUUUGUCUAUUAUUUUCAUAUCUUGAUUUACAGACACAAUAGCGAAAUAAACACCAGGAUCAUGUAGAGCAGGUUAAUAUCAAUGUUUUAAGACCAGAAUGAGAGAGGGAGACAGUUUUUCAAUAGAAAGUGAAUUGGAGCCGAGUCGAAGUCGAUGCGCGCCCUUGCUCACUUCUUAUUAGGAACGUGGCAGUGAGCAGGUUAGCUAUGUCCAUUUAUAUAUACACCCUAUGGCAUCUUAUUGUAAGCGAUAUAAUAUUCUGUUUUUAUUUCACCUACCUUUAAACUGACAGUUAGGUAUCGUGCAUCUUCUGUAUUUCUAUGUGGAACUACAUGAAACGGACCUAUAAUUAUAGUCUAUAAUUGCUCAGCAUUAUUGUCCAACUUUGUACAUGCACAUACUGGCAUGAUGUGUAAUGGGUUUUUUGUAUCUGAUAACAGCCACACGCAGAAAAAGAGCAGCCACACAUAUUUGGAAAAAGUCGGAUUCCACUCAGCCCUUUGAUGCGGCCUCUCCACAUCUGCCCUGGGACCACCCCUUCUAUGACAUCGCCCGGCAUCAGAUCAUUGAAGUGGCAGGGGAUGACAACUUUGGGAGGAAGGUCAUCGUGUUCAACGCCUGCAGGAUGCCCCCCCAGCACCAACUGGACCACCACAAGCUCCUCAUGUACCUGAAAGGCACUCUGGACCAGUACGUGGAGAGUGACUACACCCUGAUCUACUUCCACCAUGGUCUCACCAGUGAGAACAAGCCUUCCCUGGGCUGGCUACGUGACGCCUACAGAGAGUUUGACAGAAAGUACAAAAAGAACAUUAAGGCUCUGUACAUCGUCCACCCCACAAUGUUUAUCAGGACACUUCUAAUUCUCUUCAAACCACUCAUCAGUUUUAAAUUUGGCAGAAAGAUCAACUAUGUGAACUACCUGAGCGAACUGGAGGACGUGGUGAAAUGUGAGCAGCUUAUUAUCCCGGCCCGUGUCAGAGAAUAUGACAACAAGCUGAGAGCGUCACUGAAGCCCUCAUCCCAGCCCCCCAUGUCCCCUCCACGCUCCCCUCCUCUGCCCGACCAGGUGUUCGGAGUACCCCUCUCUAUCCUGAGACAGAGGAGUGCCGAUGGAGAGCCUGUUCCCAUGGUGAUAAGGGACACUAUCAGCUUCCUGUCUGAACGAGGUUUAGAGAUGGAGGGCAUCUUCAGACGUUCUGCUAAUGUCACUCUGGUCAAGGAGGUCCAGAAGCGUUAUAACUCGGGUGAAAUGGUCAACUUCUACGACAUGGAGGAUGUGCACUUGGCCGCUGUGAUCCUCAAGACGUUCCUCCGAGAGCUGCCCGAACCUCUGCUCACCUACCACCUCUACAACGACAUUGUCAACUUCACCUCGGUGCCGGAGGAGAGCCAGGUGACAGUCAUGAAGACCCUAGUAGAGUCUCUGCCCGAGGAGAACUAUGCAUCGCUCAGAUACCUCAUCACGUUCCUCGCACAGGUAUCCGCCAACAGUGAAAUCAACAAGAUGACCAACAGUAACCUGGCUGUGGUGUUUGGGCCCAACCUGCUGUGGGGGCGGGACAACGCCAUGUCACUCAGCGCCAUCGGACCAAUCAACAACUUCACCCGGAUCUUACUGGACCAACAGCAGCUGGUGUUCACCUAAAGCCCGCCCACUCCUCUCCUAUCUGACUCCAUUGUACUGAUAGCAUCCAUUGACAGCACUUAGAUAUAAAAAAAAUUCUAUUAUUAAUUUUAAAAUAUAUAUGCAUAAAGUUCUGUCAAUGUUAAUGCUCUAAUUAGUCCAAGGGCUCUAGUUUUAGGCCAUUUCAGACACUAAAAAUAUAUUAAGUCAGCACAAAGUCCAUCUAUAAACCAAGUACGUGUCUGUAAUGUAGCAGCGAGGAAAAGGUUUGCUUAGUUUGAAAUGCCCGUAGUGAAAAGUGUUGAUGUAUAAAUGUAUGGUACACGUGUGGCAGCAUUUCAGACAAAAAAAACAUUACCUAUAGAUAUUAUCAGGGACAGUAGGCAUUUACACUACACAUUCAUAAGAAAACUCUAGUGCAGUGUUUCUCAAAAUGUGGGACAGGACUGAAUAGUGUUAAAUAAGUGCUUAAAUAAAUUCUAAUACAUGAAAAAAUAUGUCUAUAAGCUUUAAUGUGAAUCAAACAAAUGAAAAAACUGUAAAAAUCAAUGUGUAAAUGUGCAAAAAAAAAAAAGAUUUCUAAUCAGUUUGUCCUGUCCCUAGUUUUUGAAGGAAAAAAGACUGACAUAUUUUUUUUUUAAUAAUUGGGUGAAUAUAAGUUUGUAAAAAGUAAAAAAAAAAAAAAUCUCUAUAUAUGAAGUUUUGGUUAACCCUGCACUAAAGAAAAUAUUACUCUACAAGAAAAGUUAAAUCUAUAAUUCUGCAUGUGGUACCUUAGUUCUUUUGUGGCUGUAGUGUGGAGAAUAGCCACUAGAUGUCCCCGUUCCCCUGUCAGUCUGUAGUGUGUUAUGUAGUGUGUGUGUGUGUGCGUGUGGAUGUGGUGCCAAAAAGACAGAGGAAGAAGACUAUAAUAUUAUAUAAUAACUUUGUGCGAAGUGAGUUUUCUAUUGAAGUCUCAGGUAAAAGAGGCGGGUCCCAAACCUCCAGGACAAUCCGUUUGAAGCAGCUGAUUGGACAGAGCGUUAGCCGUUCCUCGUCUCUCAUUGGUCACAUGUUCUGCUGCUCCUGUGUGUGCAUGCUUUUACCAUUAGUGACACGGCUAACCGGUUCAUAGCGAGGGUCUUCUGGUAUCAUAGAUUAGGAAAUAUACAGUAGUUGUCCAAAAAAAAAAAAAGUACUUUUCUGGUGUGACUUAGUGUGAUUCGGUUUGUCUAGGUUUGUAGUAAUGAAAAAGGUUAGAAGUAUGACCCAAAAACUUGCAUAUUAUUCUUGAAACCAUCCAAAGUGUGUAACAGAACUGAAGUGCUCAUUUAAUUGUAAAAUGUAUAAAAUUUUCACAUUGCCAAAAAACUUUUAUAGGACUAAACCAGACGUGAUCCGUUCAUUUCCAUGCACUGCAGUAGCUGUUUAGAUACCAGCUCACGGUAGUUUGAAUUUUUAAUAUUUGCAGCUCUCUGAGUAAUGGUUAAACAGUCUUGUCUGCGUCAAUAGCGACUUAUCAAACCACUAAUGUACACCUGCCUUCAAAGAUGCCAUUCUAUUGAGUUUGUCUUCCAAUAUUUGAACAUAAAUUAGUUAAUAGUGCUAUAAUUUUGUCUAGAAGCCCAUAAUGAUUAGCAAACUAUUCCUAACUACUGUUUUUGCUUGUUUUUUACAUCAUGACGUUUGAGAUUUUACAGAUGUUGUCCGUCCAAAAUUGGUGAAACGUCAUGCAGAACUACGUAAUUUGAGUUGACUGUACCCGAUCUCUUGCCUUCUACCUUGAUAUAUAAUGAGGUAAUUUGUGUAAUCAGCCAAAUAUUGUAAUUUUGUAUUUUUGUUUUUUGUUGUUUUCCAAGCGCCAUGUGAAGCCUUGUGUUUGCAGUCAUUUUCUUCCAACAGAGCAGACUUUAGGCAAGGUACAUUCUAGUCCAGAUUCACAGUACAUGUUGAAAAUAUGACUUAUUCUGAUUCAAAAUAGAUAUACAGUACUACUAUCAAUCGUACGUAUGUUGUUGAAGCUGUUGUUUUGUAUUGUUUGUGACUUAACGGCACCAAAAGUCUGCGGGGAUGAAAGUAAACCGUUAAAGGCAUGGGACAAUAGACCAUUUCAAUUUUUAUUUUUUUUUUAGCAGGAAAAAUGUCUGAACUGUGGUAACUGUGGUAACAUGGACUAUGGCAAAAACAAGUCAACUUUCAUACAAAACGUCGUGUACAGAAAAACUAGAUAACAAACUUCACGAUGUUAUGCUAAAUUGAUUUAAAUGGAUUUCACUCAACUAAGAAUUUCUAGUUUCGUUAGACAGUAUUGAGCAUCAAAUGUCAAGUUUAAACAAGAACGUCUGUGUAAUCCCUCUGUCGUCCAGGUAUGAUCCAUAGAAGAUUUAGAGUUUUGGAGUUUUGCUGCUCAUCCAAGCCGCUUCUUCAGUUCUGGUCAGAUUUCUGGUGAACACACUGCCUUUUAUCUGUCUGAAGGAGGAGCUAACUACACUGAAACUAACACGCCUCUAUAUUUGUAUGCAGUUUCUGUUUCUCAGCUAUGUCUGUUGAACUACACUAAGAAAACUAUAGUGAUUUCCAUUAGAGACGAAGUGAACUAUUAUGCAAAAUAUGACUCGGGCACAGUUCAUACUUGGUGUAGUUCAGCCGACCCAACAAACUGCUCUAAACAAUAGGUGUUUUUUAGUUUCAUUGUAGUUAACUCCUCCUUUCAGACAAAUAUAAGGCAGUGUCCAUGAUUAAUCUGACCAGAACGGCUUAGAUAAGAGGCAAAAGUUUUCACUCUAAACCUUUUUUCCAAAUGACAGACCUGAUUUUUCUUUAGUUUCAACAAGAAUCUCAAACUUUUGAUCAUUAGAAAAAAGGAAAUAACUUUUUUUUUUAAUGGAGUUUAGUCAUUUACCACUUAAAUAAAUCCCGUGUCAUCGCCCAAAAGAUAAUAUUACAAUGAAGCAGGGCAUUGUAAUAUUAUUAAGUACUACAUAUUCCAGCUUUUUUGUUUCUUUUUUUAAAUUUGUAUUAUUAAACCUAAAAAACAAUAUGAACAGAUAUUUUCACACCUGUUAACGUCCCAUGCCUGUGUUGUCCGUCUGUGCUGUGUGCGUAUGUGUCUACCAAACUGUGCUUUCUGUAUCGUUCAUAUUUUGGAGGUGAUUUGAUUAAAAAUAUAUAAUAAUAAUAUAGAUAAUAUGAAUAACUGCAUAUGUGUAACUAAGUGACGUAUGCCAUUGAAGUGCCAUUGUGCCGCUCUGCCAUAGAUUAAACCAGAGGUGCUUAGAGUGAUGUGGACAUUAGCAAGACCAGUGCCCAUAGGAAUAUUAUUAGCAUGUAUUAAUAUAUGCUAUGGACCAAAUCACACACUUCAUACUUUUCAAAUGACAAUCACAAUUUUGUUUCCGUUUUUCCCAUUUUCUAACUUAAUCAUUCCAUUUUUCCCAUUAAAAAUACAUUUAUCCCUGUGAUGCUAACCAAGUAUUUUCCUGCUAAUGGGCUCGGUCUAAUCUAUGGAACGUUGUACUGUAGCCGUUGUCAUAGUGACGGUAAACAACAUUUCUCUAGGAGGAGAGGAAUGAUUGGUUUUCCAGAUUCUUGGACUUCUUGAUACUUAGUGAACUGUAUUUUCUUAAUUAUUUUUUUUCAGCCUUUUACUUUUGAUAUGACGUGGACUGUGUACAUGUGUCAGAUAUUAUCGUGUAAUUAUAAUGAUGAAUGCAGCCAAUAAAAUGUCAUUGCAAGUCAA